AUGGCGAGCAGGAGGCCUCUGCAGAGUGUGCUGAGCAGCUUGAGCUCGAACAGAGUGAUCUGGAGUGGAAGGAGGAGCUUUGGUGCUAUUCCUCAAGCUACUCUUCCUUCGUCUUCCCAGGAACUCAUCAGCUUUGAAUAUGAACACAGCGCCCACAAUUACCAUCCAAUUCCCGUCGUAUUCUCUCAGGCAAGGGGGUCAUCUAUAUGCGAUCCAGAGGGAAACAGAUAUCUGGACUUUCUUUCAGCUUACUCUGCUGUUAAUCAGGGACAUUGUCAUCCAAAGAUCAUGAAGGCAUUACAAGAACAGGCAGAAAGGCUCACUCUUAGUUCUCGAGCUUUCUAUAAUGAUAGAUUUCCACUAUUUGCUGAGUAUCUAACCAGCAUGCUGGGAUAUGACAUGGUGCUGCCUAUGAACACUGGUGCUGAAGCAGUGGAAACAGCUUUAAAGUUGGCGAGGAAAUGGGGUUAUGAGAAGAAAAAAAUUCCAAAAAAUGAGGCUAUUAUUGUCUCGUGUUGUGGCUGCUUCCAUGGUCGUACAUUGGCAGUCAUCUCCAUGAGCUGUGACAACGAUGCAACCCGAGGUUUUGGACCCUUAUUGCCUGGACAUCUUAAAGUUGAUUUUGGUGAUGCAGUUGGCCUUGAAAAGAUUUUUGAAGAGUAUGGAGAUAGAAUAGCUGGAUUUCUCUUUGAACCCAUUCAAGGAGAGGCUGGGGUUAUAAUUCCUCCAGACGGUUAUCUGAAAUCUGUCAGAGAGCUGUGCUCAAAAUAUAAUAUUUUAAUGAUUGCUGAUGAAAUACAAUCUGGUUUAGCACGGUCAGGGAAAAUGCUGGCUUGUGAUUGGGAGGAAGUUCGCCCAGAUGUAGUGGUACUAGGAAAAGCAUUGGGCGGUGGAGUGAUACCUGUAAGUGCAGUGCUCUCAGACAAAGACGUAAUGCUUUGUAUCCAACCUGGAGAGCAUGGAAGUACUUUUGGGGGUAAUCCAUUGGCCAGUGCAGUUGCUGUUGCCUCACUAGAUGUAAUCAGAGAUGAGAGACUUUCUGAAAGAUCCGCCCAAAUGGGACAAGAGCUUAGGAAUCAGUUACUCCAGAUUCAGCAGCAAUACCCAAACUACAUAAAGGAAGUUCGAGGAAGAGGUUUGUUCAAUGCUGUGGAGCUCAAUAGCAAGAAUUUGUUCCCCGUAUCUGCUUAUGAUAUCUGCCUAAAGUUGAAGGAGAGAGGAAUUCUUGCCAAGCCAACACAUGAUACUAUUAUCCGAUUGACUCCUCCACUCUCCAUGAGUUUGGGGGAGCUCCAAGAAGGAUCAAAGGCACUUUCUGAUGUUCUGGAACUUGAUCUACCAAAGAUGCAGAAGGAAAAGCCAAAAAACAUUUCUUUGGAUGCGCCUAACAUAUGUGACCGUUGUGGUCGAGACUUAUAG